AUGAAAAGAAGAAAAACAAUCCUCGACAUUUGUCCACGCCACAAAGAAAGACGUAGACGAUACAAGGAAGAAUGUUUAACAAACUUUUUUUUUAUUGUUAAAAGACGGUUUUACAAAGACAUUAGACGUGUCGUCCGCGGCUAUCUAUUUAUCUAUCUAUCUAUCUUAUCACACCCUUUUCAUUUUCUAUCUAUCUAUCUAUCUAUCUAUCUAUCUAUCUAUCUAUCUAUCUAUCUAUUAGCCUUUUCAUUUUCUAUCUUCUAUCUAUCUCUAUCUAUCUAUCUAUCUAUCUAUCAUCACAGCCUUUUCAUUUUCUAUCUAUCUAUCUAUCUAUCUAUCUAUCUAUCUAUCUAUCUAUCUAUCUAUCACACAGCCUUUUCAUUUUCUAUCUAUCUAUCUAUCUAUCUAUCUAUCUAUCUAUCUAUCACACAGCCUUUUUAUUUUCUAUCUAUCUAUCUAUCUAUCUAUCUAUCUAUCUAUCUAUCUAUCACACAGCCUUUUCAUUUUCUAUCUAUCUAUCUAUCUAUCUAUCUAUCACACAGCCUUUUCAUUUUCUAUCUAUCUAUCUAUCUAUCUAUCUAUCUAUCUAUCUAUCUGAUAACCACCAUCUAUCUUCUUUUUUUCUUUUUUUUUAAAUUUCUUCAAGUUUCUGAACAUUGA